AGAACGCUAUUGGCUAGUUUUCUGUUCUGUUAGCGAGUCAUCAAGAAUUCUGACCAAUCACACAAUUUCUUACUACUCAUUUCGGAUGUGUUGCUACGUGGGGAGCCAUUUUGAGAAAUUCUAAGAAGUUGGUGAAAUGAGUUGAGUGUAAUACGUGUCUUCGCAUUUUAUUAUAGGUUUAUCGUCGGGUGUUGAAAAUAACCCUCAAUUGGCAUGGAUAGCUCACAAGUGAGUUGACGUUUUUGGUUUAAUAUUUUGGGUGCCAGAGACCAAAGGAAGCCGUGAAGAUGUCUGCGUCCGACGUAGUAGCAGAGGAGUACGCAUCCUCGUUGUCUGAUCUAGUCGCAAACAGCAAACCCCUUAUCAACAUGCUUACUAUGCUCGCCGAAGAGAAUAUUGAUCAUGCUCCUGCAAUCGUCCAGGCCGUGGAAAGACAUCUUCAACAGGUCCGGAGUGACAUAAAGCUGCCUGUUUUAUACCUCAUUGACUCCAUUGUGAAGAAUGUGCGUCAAGCGUAUACUGGUCUCUUCACUCAGAACAUUGUUUCCACGUUCUGCAGUGUUUUUGAAAAGGUUGAUGAAAAGACACGUGCACAAAUGUUUAAGCUUCGUCAAACUUGGAAUGAUGUAUUUCCUACAAAAAAAUUAUAUGCUAUGGAUGUUAGAGUUAGUUCUAUUGAUCCAGCAUGGCCUAUUACUGCUCCAGUUCCUACAAGUAUCCACAUUAAUCCCAAGUUCUUUCCAAAGCAAGGGAAUUCUCCAGCCCCUAUAGUCAGUCCCCUGCAGAGCAGUGCAAGUUCAGCUCUACUCACUGCUCCAGCUACUAGUGUGAAUGUGCCAGAAGAUCCUCAAGCUUUUGCUGAAUCAAAAAUGCGUGAACAACUUCUAAAGAAACAGAAGAAACUUUUGGAACUGCAGCAGAAAAAGUUGGAAAUUGAGCUACUGCAGACCAAAGCAAAACUUGAAGAACAACAGAAGCAAUUGGAAAGGCAGACAGACCACCUUCAUGUUCAGCAACUUUUGUUACCUGCUCUUCAAAAUGCUGGUCAAGAUGCUGCAUCCAAACAGUUUGGACCUCUUCUGGACAUAGCUUCUUCAUCUUCGGGUGUUAAGUCUGAACAUGCUACACAGUCCACUGCAACUUCACAAGUCUCUGGAGCGCCUCAGGUGGUAGCAGCUUCAACUCCUUCUACAGUGGCUACAUCAUCUGGCCCUUCAAGGUCUCCCAGCAAGAUGACUGAAGUAUCCACCUCCAAGGCUAAGACUGCUGGGAAGGCAGCUGCUGGGCCAGGUGGCAACAGCAGUCGAUCUCGAGAUCCUCGUCUUGCUACACGGCAGCCUGUGCCUACUCAACCUAAUGUUGUCACCAAUGUUACCUCUGAGAACUUGCAGCAACCCACUUCUCAGUUAGCACCUAUUCAAGAUAACACAAAUUCUGUUUUUGAAACAGUUAAAUUAGAGACUGCAAAACCCAAACCUCUAAUCACAAUAAAUAUUGCCAAUAAAGGUAAUGCUAAUAAAGAACCCCAAGGAGUUAGUAAAAAAGACCCUCGUUUGAACAGUAAUAAGGUCCAUGUAUCUCAUUCCAAAAUAAGAUCCGAGUCCAAAAAUAGUGGACCUUCCAAAGGACCUAAUAAAUCUACAAGAGGACCUUCUCCCUUGCCUGCACCACAAUCCCCAUCCCGCUGUGGUAAGCCUGCCCCGUUGCCACGCAAAGUGCAUGGCAAAGGGAGCAGCUCCAGUACCAACAAGUCCUCGCAUAAAUCUGCCAGUGUUAUUGAUCUUACAGAUAGUCCCCCUCACAAAACAGAAAAAAAGGAGGAGGAAUUAGCUGGAAAGGAUAAAGACAGCCAUUCUGAGCCUCUAUCUAAAUCAUCUUCCUCUUCCUCGUCUUCAGGUUCCAACUCCUCUUCCUCUCCUGGAUCCAAGAAAGACAGUCAUAAAAGUAAAAUGAGCAGCACAAGCAACAGACAAUCCCCUUCAGAAAAGAAGAAAGGUAGUGAGAAAGGUGGCAAAGUUAGCGAGAUAGGGUCAGGGAGUAAUUUAUCAAAUAGGAGAGCAAAAAGUCCAGGGGGAAGUAUUAGGCUUUCACGAGAACGUGAACGAGAUCGGUCUGCAUCCAAGAAUUUUGACAUGUUUGAGCCAGAGGCUGAUUCUCCUUCUCCACCUCCUCCACCAGUCAUCAGUGAUAACCAAAAAAGAGAAGAUACUACCUUUAAAGAUCGUAAAGUAUCAAAGAAGGGGAGAAACUACGUACGUCGAAACAGACGGGACGAGUCUAGAAGUCCUGAGGUAUCUACUGUAACUUCAGGGGAUGUAGACCUCAGGCUAGGUGCGCCGCCAGAGAAACAUCCAAGGAUGGGUGCAUUUCCUGCAGAUGGUACUCCGUCCUCCACCGAAGAUGAUGGCAAAAAGACACUUGUAGAUGCAACCACAAAAGAUGUGGAUUUACGGCAGCUUUCUCGGUCCCCCACUAAGAAGCGACCAUCAAUGGAAAGGUCGGAUCAACCUCCUAACAAGAAGAGUAAAGCUGAAAUGAUUGACGUGCUGUUUGGGAAUGAGGAUGUAGAUCUCCGUCAGCUGGCACCCAUCUCUGUAGUAACUCAGCAAGGCAUGCCUCCAUCACCUCCACCCCCUCCCAUUAUUUCGCAGCCAUCUCCCACACAGUCUGCUUCCAAUCAAGAUAGCAGUGUUGCUUCAAACUCUCCUAAAAUUAAAAGUGAACUUGAUAAAGAUGUUCCUUCAGAAACUAAGAGUGAUAUAGAUGAUAGUCAUCGUGUUAAAGAAAAUGGUGAAGGCAAGAGUUUUCGAGGCUGGGAAAAAUAUAAAGAAUCGAAGCCAGAUAUUUACAAGUCGCCUUUCCGAUCCCAUAAGCUUGAGCCAUCUCACAAAACUGCCUCUCCUGCCAGAGAUUCAGUGUAUAAUUCAAGAGAUCGAAAUGUUGGCGUCUUCAAUAGACAUAUAGGAGAUAGAAUGGAAUAUGAUGGAUUGGGUAGACCAUUGCUGUAUCACAGAUUUCAUGAUAUGGUCGUGGAUAGACGACAGCGCCAUGGGCAAAAUGCAAUGUCAUCUCCUAUUGGUGAGGAUACUGACAUGCGCACUCACUUAUUAGAUCCUGACACAUUGGAAGAUGUAGACAUGAAUAUUAGUAUCAUAAUUCACCAAGCAGACGAACAACUGAAAAAUGGUGGUAUGUCCUUUCCUGAAUAUAACACUCUUUUGAAGCAGGUUAUACGCCUUAAUGAGAUGCAGAAGUUGAGAGAAGCUAAGCGAAGAGAUCAACAGGAAAACAAGGAAUCAUGGGAAAGAAACAGACGCAGAGUUGGAGAACUUGGAAAAGCUUCUCCACGAAGUGAAGAUGAAAACAGUAGGGGUCAGAUCAUACUUAUAUCAAGUAUUAGGUUAGGUGCUCCAACACGAGAACUGUAUGUAGAUGGAAAGUGGUAUGAAUGUUUUUUUGGAGGGCCUCCAGUCUCUAUUGAAAUGGGAGGUAAAAUCAGACUAGUGAAACUAGAAGGACCUCCACCACAAGUCAAGAUUGGUAUGAUAAAAAGAACAGAUUUAGUUGCUGGAAAAAUUAAUCUCAUAAUUAAUGCCCGCAAUAUGGUUCCUAUUUUUUUGGAUGCUAAACCUCAAAGGUUUGAUAUUGAAGGAAAGGCUCAUAUUUUACGAUUCACUCAUGCUCUAACAAAUGUGCAAAUAAAUGGUAGAUCUUUCAAAGUGGAAUUUGGUGGUCUGCCUAAACCUAUUGUGGUAAAUGGCAAGAAGCAUUUCAUUCGAUUCUCAGUACUUCCAAGAGGCAUUCAACCUGGUUACAUCAAUAUUGUUAAUAUGGAAGGCGAAAGAUUGCCAUCCCCUGCACAUGCAGAUGGGGAUGGACAAGACACAACAUUUUCUCCCCCAGAUGAAAAUGAUGAAGCCAAACUUCGGAAAGUAAAUGAACCAGCUCUUCCUAUGCUUGAUCAAUUCUUGAAUAAUCUUGUUGACACUGAAGGUCGGGCAAGGCAGAGAAGGUUUGGGACUGGUCAAGAUUCUCCAAGUGAUUCGGAACCAGCAAGAAGUUCUCCAGCUACUGUACAAUCUGAUAGUUCAGCUCAAAAACUCGGUCAAUCAGUUACCUCACAGCUUCCAUUGGAGAUGUUAACUAGUUUAAUGCCAGUAGCUAUGGCACCUUCCUCAGGAUACAGUUAUCAAGUAGAACAAGAGUCACAGGAUACUCAACAAAGGUCUUCAUCUGAAGCUUCAACCAUUCCAGUAUCAACAACAACUGCAGCAGCAGCAGCAACAACUGCAACAGCAAGUUCCACUUCUACUGCAAAAGGUGGCCAAGAUGGUACCAUGCCCCUUGCAGCAGUGGUUGCUCCAAAUACCAGUCCAGUAGUGAUUGCUGCUGGUAUACCUUUCUUACUUCCUGAAAUCAAUGUUGAUGAGCUAUUCCAGAAAUUAGUUGCCACUGGUAUUGUUGCACCUUCCGUGGCAGCAGAGGAAUCAAAGAAGAAAAAAGAUGACGAUGCUGAUACUGUUAAAUUUGUAGACUUCAGUCAGCCAGAGACUCUUAAAGUGAGACAACCUGCGCUAAUUGCUGCAUUGUAUUCAGGAAUUCAGUGUAGUUCCUGCGGUGUACGCUUUGCUCCUGAACAAACCAUGAAAUAUAGUCAGCAUUUAGAUUGGCAUUUUAGACAGAAUCGUCGGGACAGAGAUAACACCAGAAAAGCACAGAGCCGAAAGUGGUAUUAUGACAUUUCUGAUUGGAUACAAUUUGAAGAAAUUGAAGAUUUGGAAGAAAGAGCUCAAAGUUGGUUUGAGACGCAACAGGCUGCUGAAGGGAGAUCAGAAGAAAAGGAAUCUAUAGAAGUUCCUAGUGUUCCUGCAGGUGACAGUGCAGAAGAUACUGCCUGUGAUGUAUGCCAUGACAAAUUUGAACAAUUUUAUAAUGAAGAGACAGAAGAGUGGCACCUAAGAUUGGCAGUCAGAGUAGAAGGCAAAACAUAUCAUCCACUUUGUUAUGAAGAUCUGAAGGCCAACUUGGAAAGAUCACUUGAUGAAUCUGUCACAACAGAUGAAGUUAAACAAGAAGAAACUGAAAAGGAAGGAGAAAAGACUGCUGAAAAACCCAUUGAAAAUGAUUCUGAAAAUAAAAAAAAUGAUGCAGAAGAGAUAGACGAUGCUAAAGAACUGGAUUCCUCUGUUCCAGCUGACAGCACUGAUCAGGAAAUGGAAGAACUGAGUGAUGCUGUUAAGCAAGAAAUGUUGAUUAAAGAUGAAGUCACAUCCCAAGAAGAAAUUGAAAACCCAAGUUCAGUAACUGAUACAGAGCUAAUGCAAGUUGCAGAAUGUGAUUCUACAGUUGUCAAGUCAGAGGAUAAUGAUGUAGAUACUCCAAUUGAGGAGGAAACUGCAACCACCGUACCUGUUGUACCUAAAGUAGACACAACACAUACAGAAGUUGCAUGUUCGAUAGAUGGCAAUGUUAAAUUUGAAGAUAAACCUCAAACAGCAAUUGCUGGUCCUAUUAGUGGUAAGAUUAAAAUUAAUAUUACCAAACCACUGCCUGUGCUUAUCCGAGAAGCACAAAGUGAAGGAGAUGCUGAAAGCUCAGCAGCUGAAGGUGAUGCUGACGACACAGAUGAAGCACCGCAACCUCAACCUCCACCACCUCAGAAUGAAGGAUCUGCUGCCGAUGUUAAAGAUAUGGUAAAAGAGCCUACGUUAGAACAGGAAUUCCCAGAGCCACCACCACCAGGGAUAGAACCUGUCCGGCUAAAGCCGAGGCUAGUGGGUCGCAAACUCACAGAGAUGCCUCCAGUCAUGAAAGGAACUGAAUUGUCUGGUCUGUGUUCAAUAAUGUAAACGUUGCCUUUUCAGCCUGUGAGUGAAGUGUUGAGUGUGUGGGUGCACAUGAAUUAUUUAUUUUAAACAAAGGGCCUUGAUGUACAUUUUAUGCCAGUUGUUGAUAAGGAUUGUGAUUGUUUGCCAGCUAGCUGAUGAAGAAAAAGUGAUAAGCAAAAUUGUAUUUUGCAUUUAUGAACUGAUCUUUUCAGGAUUAGUGAUUAUUGUAUCAUAUGUGUAAAGGACCUCUUUUAUUGUGAAUAUCUGUAUAUAAUUGAUUUUUUUGAAGAAAGAAUAUUUUGUUACAUAAAUAAUGUUCAUAUCUUUAUCCUUUUCCUCUCCCUCUGAGUUUUUUUUCUUUCCUUUUUUUAUUUACACCAAAAGUACACUCAGCAUCCCAAAUUUGCAUUGUUUGCAUAGUUUGCAUAGUUCUAGGGUGAAGGCAAAGCUUACUACCACUUCAGUUUGUAAAAUGGUAAAAGAUAAUAAAAUAAAUUACACUAAAAAUGUUUGUUCAUUUUUUUCACCUAUUCCAAAUUACAAAUAUUAUGAUUAAUGAAAAAACUAGCCAUUUUUAUCACUUCUAGAGAAUGCAAUUAUGAGGCCACCGAGGAAAAGGAAUAGUAUCUUUAAUGUUGGCUAUUCCUAGUAAUAAUUGUAGGAACCUUUCAAAACCCAUUCCAAAUCCAGAUGUUGGUAUAUUUCCAAACUUUCUCAGUUCAAGAUACCAAUCAAGACCCUGCGACUGGCCAAUUUGUUUCAAUUUUUGUUCCAGGAGAAUGUAGUCAUUUUCCCUAACACUUCCUCCACAUAAUUCACCCACAUGUGGAACCAGUAAAUCUACAGCUGCCACCUGCAACAGAAAAUUUGCAAAUAGAUUUUCAUUAUUAUUGAAAUUUUCACAAAGUAUCCUCAUUAUUCCAGUUUCUCAAUUAUUUAGGACUGUCAAAUAUUUCAAGACAAAUUACACUGCGGUCAAAGAUUAUGCUUGAUGUAGAAAUUGCAACAUUCGUGGACUGCAAUAUUGGCUCAACUCAAAAAUGUAGUUUUGGGAUAGUCAUAAUUGACGAUUCAUAAUUUUGGGUUGGGCCUAUGUUGCAAGCUCAUCCUAAUGAAAUUCCAUUCUCUAAUAUUAAGUAUAAAAAAAUAUAUAUAUAUAUAUAUAUAUUUAUCUAUAAAUAUUUUUUUCAGAAACACUUAUUUAUGUUCAGAAAGAAUAAUUGGCAUUGUAGAAAGUGUGAUCCCCACGCACAUAUUCAGCCCCAUGCAAGUACCCUCAUACAAGUACUAAUAUUAUCAUAUAACAUGCAUAUAUAUUGGCAAUGGUUCUUUAACAAGUUUUCUCCUAUUUUCCUCCCAUUUUCAUUUAGUAUAUAUUAGAGCUCGGAUAUGUAUGCAAAUUUUAGUUUUUGUGCAAAAUGUUUCUUGCCAAUCAAAUUUCUGAAUGAAUGGCCAUAGAAUGAAUAAGAAUAAAUUUCUGAAUGAAUAAGAACUUUUGGGCCAAAUAUUAUUUUGGGUAUUACAGCAACUUUUGAAAAAAAAUAAGGGGGAGAACUCAUUAAUUUUGACCUUCUCAGAAGUGUUAAUUAUUGCUUAUCUCCUGAUUACAAAAACAUCUUAUAGAGAGUAAUUGUGCAUUUUAUAGCACUCGUCAAUUCAAAACUUCAUGAAAAUGCUAAAUAAAAGUGCAUUUUUCCUUUUUUCAAAAUCUUACUUUUGUACUUAUUGACACUACAUUCCAUUUUCAUUUAGCA